AUGGCAGUAGUCUCCCACCACGCUCCAUCACAGCACCAGGAGACUUUGCGAGCUGCGCUGGAGUUGACGUCGGUGUGAGCGCCGUCAAGGAAGAUGGGGAACAACCAAGGUAGUCAUAUCAUUGUCACUGCGAAGACCGGGGACAGGAAAUGUGCAGGUACAAAUGCUUGUGUGUGGUUUGUAGCAAAGGAUGAAGAAGGAAAUUCUUCGGAUGAGGUCAAAUUGAAUCAGCUCUUCGAAUCGAAUUUUGAUCGCGGAAAAAAGGAUGUGUUCGAACUUUCGAAGAGUAAAUUCGCGGCCUUGACCUCUCCCGUUGACCGGAUCGAGAUUUGGCGAGACUACACAGGACUGACAAGUACUUGGUUUCUUGAGACGGUUAUUAUUGAGGACCCGGAUUACAAUGUCGAAUACACGUUUCCUGUGUUCAGAUGGAUUCGACCGAGUUAUAGAUACGUCAUACACCAGUAUGAUACGUCACUUCCGCAAGAUGACGUCAAUACUGAACAACGGGAGGUGGAACUGGAGGAGACCAGAAGAGCCUACAAAUUGUCCACUGCCGACACCACACUGCCCAUUCAGGUGGCACAGGUUCCCGAUGAUGAAGCCUUCCCCGAUGAUUUCAAGCGUUGCAGCGUGGUGGAGUUGGUGGAGACACGGGCGCAGCAGCUGAAGAAGGACGAGUGGACGUGCCUGCAGGAUAUAGGGGGGGGAUUUAUGCCAGUGAGGAAUUCUACAUCCCCAAGUGUCAACUGUUCUGGCAAGAAGACUGGUGCUUUGGUUAUCAACGACUUAACGGUGUCAACCCGAUGCUCAUCAAACUCUGCUCGGAAAUCCCUAAAAAAUUUGCAGUUUCUGACAGUAUGAUAAAGCCCUUCCUGGAGGGACAGUCGGUGAAGACGGCUCUCAAGAACAAUAAACUGUUCAUCUGUGACCUAGAGAUCCUGAAGGACCUUGUCAUUCCCAAUGAAGAGUUGACCAUCUGUGCCCCAAUAGCGCUGUUCUACCUGGACAAGAGGAACACUCUCGUGCCCAUUGCUAUCCAGCUGUUCCAAGAACGCAGUGACGAUAACCCGGUGUUCCUGCCUUCCGAUGACCAGUACACCUGGCUGCUGGCCAAACUGUGGUACAACAACGCCGAGGCCAACCACCAUCUUGCCGUCACUUACAUCGGCACAGCUUGUCUCCUCACUGAGAGUGUUGGUCUGUCCAUGCAUCGCCAUCUGUCCAUCUCGCAUCCUCUGUUCAAGAUGCUGGCGCCAUACUUCACCAACAUCAUGGCUGCAAACAGUGACAUCAUGCAGAACCUCCUGGCAGAUGAGGGCGUGGUCGACAAGGUGGCAACAAUCGGUGCCCGGGGGUCAAGAAGGUCAUCAGGAAAUCACUUGAGUCAUGGCGCUUUAAUGUCAACAGCUGUCUCCCAGAAGACGUCGUUAAAAGAGGGGUGUCCGACAUCCGCGUCCUCCCCAACUACAACUACCGUGACGACGGCAUGCUGCUCUACUACGCCAUACAGAACUACGUCAUCAAGUACACCAUGGUAUACUACGCUGACCCCGACAGCAUCCAGAACGAUACAGAACUACAGAACUGGCUGAAGGAAAUGGCCACCUGCAAGGAAGAUGGCGGCAUGGGGAUAGAGGGUCUACCUGGUGACGGUAGUGUGUGUAAACCGGAACAGCUUCAAGAUCUGGUCACGUCAAUCAUCUUCACGUGCACUGCGCAGCAAGCGGCAGUUGGCGGGG